AUGGCGACAAUGAUAAAAUGGUUCAAGAAAAAAUGUCAUCGAAGAUCGUUGCCUGGUAGACAACCACCUAGUGCUAUAGAUUUAAACAGGAGGCUAUACGACGACGCAAAUAUUCCAGAAAAUAAUGUUAGUUAUCAUAUCUACGAAGAAAUAUCAACACCACCACGAAGUCCUAUGGAAAUAACCGAAGCCGUGGAAUCAUUAUCUAAGAGAGCAGGAAGAACCAACUGUGGAGACUGUUUGAGUAGACGAAAUGAUGGUGGAAAUCGUGACAUGUUACUAGAACAGCAACUAAAUCGGUACAAAAUUUCACAGAGACCACUUCCUCCAACCCCAGUUACUGAUACCGCGCCAUGUCCAUUGUGUCGCAGGAAGUUGACCCAAGGCGAAUUCUGCUUUUGUGAACUUAGAAACAGGCGAAAGAACGUAACAUGUAGGUGUUCAGAAAACCAUGUGAAUCGCGAUUGUCCAGAAGCCCUCAUUGACAUACACUUCACCCGUGGGCGCUUUACUCCAUCUCGAUCACCAAGACACUCGAUAUCGCUUUGCUCCGAUCCAAAUGAUACAGUAUACGUUCCUGAGAGUAAAUGUUCAGAUAAUAGCAGCGGUUAUUAUAGUGAUGAUGACUUAGCAUUACGCCUAGGAUCUUUGGGAUUACACAAACAUGGUUUAAGGGGCUGUCUUUCCCACAAUGGAUUUCAUGCGGUACCAAAGAUGGGAAGCAAAGCAGUCAAAAGAAGCUACAGUACUAAUGACGCUCCGUGUAAAAAGAAACCCGUCUCGCCACUAUAUCUGUCACCAGUGAAAUUAACAACCCAAAGAUCAGUACCAUCUUGUGGUAUCUCGAGAUCGACAGAAAAGGCAAAGUCUAACUCAGGUUGCAAACGCAAACAUUCUAUUGGACCCGCCGAAGGACGUCAAGCAAGGAUUCGCACUGGUCUUCAGACUUAUCGUUCUUUGUCAAAUAAUAGAGAAUCACAAAGGGAUGCCAUUCAACAGCGAUUGAAUUUCUCAGCAGACACACCUCAAAAGAGACUACCUAAAGAUAGCCAGCUUCGCAAGCGACUUCAAGAAUACAAACAAACUAAACUACAGGUAACGGAAUCUACCGGGGGUAUAUCGCAUAAGAUGGAACGACGUAAUAGCUUGCUUUACAAGAAUUUAGUAAAAUCCAGAAUGAUUGCUGAUGAUAACUGCCAAAACCGCACCCAAAAGGUCUUUAUUGCCUACGUUUAA